CGGGCCGGGCCCUCCGUCCGCACGGCACCGACCUGCCCGGCACCGACCUGCCCGGGUGAAGAGGCACAGAGAGGAGCUGAGGCUGCUCCCGCUCGGGGGACGGGGAGAGUGACACAGCCCAAGCACCCAGGCAGCCCCGGCAUCCAAGAUGUCCCUGAAGGUGCAGACGAGCAACAUCACCAACAAGAACGACCCCAAAUCCAUCAACUCGCGGGUGUUCAUCGGCAACCUGAACACGGCGCUGGUGAAGAAGUCGGAUGUGGAGACCAUCUUCUCCAAGUACGGCCGCGUGCUGGGCUGCUCCGUGCACAAGGGCUACGCCUUCGUGCAGUACUCCAACGAGCGGCACGCGCGCGCCGCCGUGCUGGGCGAGAACGGCCGCGUGCUGGCCGGCCAGACCCUGGACAUCAACAUGGCCGGGGAGCCCAAACCCAACAGACCCAAAGGGCUGAAGAGAGCAGCCUCUGCCUUGUACAGUGGCUACGACUUCGACUAUGACUAUUACAGAGACGAUUUCUACGACAGGAUCUUCGAGUACCGGGGCCGGGUGUCGCCGGUGCCGCGGGUGGUGCCGGUGAAGCGGCCGCGCGUCACCAUCCCGCUGGUGCGGCGCGUCAAGGCCUCGCUGCCCGUCAAGCUGUUCGCCAGGUCGGCCGCCAUCGCCAACAGCUCGGCCAAGAUCAAGUUGAAGAGCAGCGAGCUGCAGACGAUCAAAUCUGAGCUGACACAGAUCAAAUCCAACAUUGACGCUCUCCUGGGCCGGCUGGAGCAGAUUGCUGAGGAGCAGAAGCUGUCUGCAGAGGCCCGGAAGAAGGAGAGCAGCAAGAGCGAGGUGUCCCAGGAGGACACGGCCUCCGAGGCCGAGGCCACCGCCGAGGAGCCGCUCAACGGGGACGAGGGCGAGGAGGAGGGGCUGGCACGGGAGGAGUGUGAAGAUGAACUGGAGAACAGCCAUUACACAGCCGUGGAGGAUGCCAGGCUACAGUAACCAGCUAUGAGCAACAGUGUGAGGAAAGCACGAGGCUAAACCCUGUCCUGGCACGUUGAGCAAGACAAGCUGAAUGGAAGUGCUGCUGUCAUCUCUACCUGGCAUUCAAAGGAGAAACAUGGCCCGACAUCCUCCAUCCAUCUGUAAAGCAAAGGCAAAGAAAACUCAUCCUCCCAGCAGAUCCCCACCACCCCUGCCAUGGAUUUGGAGCUCUGCAGCCAGCAGAGGAGGCAGGAGCCAGACCUGCACAACCCAGAGCACCACAGAGACCAGGAGAGCAGGUGUGUCCCCAGGGGAGCCAGAGGUGUUCUAGAGCUGCUUGCAGGAGAGCAGAGAGAACUCAGCCCAGCCCAGUAAAGACAUUUUUCUUGUGCAAGGUGAGAGCCAGAGCAUUUCCUAACUGAGGGGAGAGUAGUGUCUCAGUCUGGACAGUUUGUGUUCUUGUGCUGAAGAUCCUGUUGAGUCAGAGGCUGUGGAGUGAGCUGUCCUCCAGCACGGCCACCUCCUGUCACCUCUCUUGUGCCCCAUGAGCUGCUGUGUGUCCAUGGUCACUCCCAGUGGAAAGGAGUUGGUGCUGGAGCUGCUGCUGUGCUCUGGGAAGCUGCUUUGAGAGGGGAGAGCAAAGCAAGAGAUCCCAAGCAGGAGAGAGCAAGCAAACGUCACCCUUGGUGGUUUGGUGUCCUCAUUCUCUACCGUGUCAGGGCUGAGCAAGCCUCUGCAGAGUGAGGGGUGCAAAGUGUGGAUGAGACCCUUUCCUUGGACCAGCUGCUCCCUGGAAGGGAUGUGGAGCACCCACCUCCUGCAGCCUGGAGCCAGAGACAUCAGCCCUUCCCUGGCU